AUGCUAGGUCGACUUUUCAAACAGAACCCUACCAAUAGUCUCAAUAAUAAUCAUAACCAUAGCCAUACCCAUAAUCAUAAUCAUAAUCAUAGUCAUAGUCUUCACCAUCAGUAUCCAUCUAAUCCCAGUAAUAAUCCUGUAUCUGUACCGACACCUCCUGGUGGUAAUCCAACCCUAACUACUUUUGAUGAUUCUUAUGCUCGAGAAAUCCUUUACGGUACUCAUAAUCCAAAUCAACUAAAACCAUUUCAAUUCAAUACGAAAUUCUUUAGAAUCAUAGUGUCACAAGAUGGGGGUAGUUUAAGAACAAAACAAGUAUUAUAUGAUUCAUCCAUAAAUGAGUCCAUAUCUCUGACCUCAUCUUCAUCACCUGUAUCUUCUACAUCAUCUACAAAUUCUAAUACUGCUACUAAUAAUAAUAUUACCUCUAGUUCAUUAAGAGGUGGAGUUAAUAAAUCCAUAACCACUUCGAAGAUAUAUCAUAAUUCAAAUGAAUUAAAUGAUUACAUGUUUGGAUGUGGAUUACCCAGUAAUGAAAUUCAUUGUUCAACUAAAAUGCAUAUGUUACCAUCUAUCAAUAAUUUAAUUGGUGGGCCUUAUAGUUCUAUAUUAAUUACUCGAUUAUUUUCAAUUUGUGAUAUUGAAAAUACUGAAUAUCAACAAGAUUCAUCUAUAAAUGAUUGUGGUUGGAAUCCAACAGCAGCUUUACCUAUUGGACCUUCUCAUAUUAAGAAAUCUCCAUUCUUUAAAAGUGUAUCAUUAUCAACAAAUAAUCAUCAAAAAUCUUCAUCAUCAAUAAGUAGUCGAUUUUCAAUAGGAAUUGUAAUUCCAUUAGAAUCUUUAACUGAUAUAAAUGAUGUUAUAACUAAUAAUUGGGAUGAAAUAUCUCAUUAUUUACUUGUACUACAAAAAUUAAUUUAUAAGAAAUUAUUAACAAUUCUUAAUAAUAAUUGUUUAUAUGAUUCGGAUAAUAAUAUAGCUGGUUGUACUUAUUUGAUAAAUAAAAGAAUUCAAUUUCCAAAUUUUAUUUUACAAAAUGAAUUAGAAUUAGGAGCUCAAGUUAUUAAGUUAGUUAAACUUAUUCAUUAUAAUUCCAAUAUUCCUAAAUUAAUUAAUUCCAAUACUUUAAUUAAAGCUUGCUUAUUAAAUGAUUGUUCUAAAUAUAAUUAUAUCUUUUUAAGUUGGGUAUUAGAAACUCUUAAUUGGUUGGAAUUUAAAGAUGGGAAAUCUUUUCUUCUAAAUAAUAAUAAUUCCAAUAAUAAUUAUAAUGUUAAUUCAACUUUCCAUGUAUCUAAUAAUAAUACUAAUACUAAUACUACUAAUCAUAAUAAUUCUUCAACGGAUUUAGCAUCCAUGUAUAAUGGCAAUUCCAAUACCUUUUUAGCAAGUUUAUUGGCAUUAUUAAUUCAAUUAAAAUCCCUGUUAAGUGUUAAACCAUAUCAUAACAAUCCUGGAUCUACCACGAGAGAAGUUACCAGAGUGGUGCUAAUGACAGGUAACCCAGCUGUAGCCAAGAAAUUGAUCUUCAUUAUGAAUGGAGUCAUACCAGACACUUGUACCUCUGAAGUAUCGGAGUCUGCUACGAAUCAACUAGAACAACAACAGAAAAGACAACAAGAUGAACAAGACCAGGAACAAGAACACCACCAAGAACACCACCAAGAACACCACCAAGACCGUGAACGUGAACGUGAACGUACCCGUGAACGAGAUCAUGAACUUCACCAUACUUAUCCCAAACCAGAAUACACCGACUUGGAGUCGUCGGCAUCUCCUAAAUCUAGAAGACCACUUCCUCCCGAUAGAUUACCUUCGACCUUCUCUAAUGAAAGUAGUACGGGAAGUAUGAAUAUCACUAAUCCAUCAUCACCUGCCAAAUCAAUUAAUCUCCUUGCCGUAAAGGGUCCAGCAGAAAUUGUUGGAUCAGGUAAUUCUUCUGAUAAUUCUCCUGGUACUUCAUCUCCACUUAAAGGAUGGGAGAUUCCUUAUAAAUCAUCGGCUAGUACUACUACAGCCACUCUAACCAAUGAUGGGAUAGGUAGUUAUAAUAAUAGUUUUAGUAAAGGUAUACCCAUUGUUUCCUCAUCGCAUGCUAGUGCUCAUACUCAUACUCAAACUCAAUCUUCAAGUUUAUCUAAAUCUUCAUCAAUGGCUUACCUUUCAUCUUCAUUAAAUUCAUCUUAUUCUUCAUCAUCUUAUUCUAAAUUCGGAAGCUUUAUGGAUAAAUGGAAGAAUUCCAUAAAUUCUGUAUAUCCUGGAACUCAACCUCAUCAUAGUAAUAGUAGUAAUAAUAAUAGUAUAUCAUCUACUCAUGGUAUAGAUUAUGAAUAUUCUCCUGGUUUAGCACCUCCACCUCCACUUUCAAAUGGAUUUGGAAGUAUACCUAAACGGAAUUCUAUUCAAUCUUUAAGAACUCCAUCACCUGCUAUAGAACAUGAAGAUUUCUCCUGGAAUCAUUCAUCUAAUAAUAAUAAUAAUAUCCUUAUAGGUCAUAGUAAUAGUGGAUCUAGUCAAUCUGGAAAUCCUAUAGGAACUGGUAUUGGAUCAGGUAUAAGUAGUAAUAAUAAUAAUAUUACUCAAUUAUAUGGUCUGACUCCUUCGAAAUUAUCUCGAACUCAAUCAAUGUAUGAUCUUUAUAAUAUGAAUAAUGAAAUCUUAGAAGAAGGGUAUAAUGAAAGUAAUGUAACUGGAGAUUAUGGAUCAUCAACAUUAACAAAAUCCAAUUCAACUACCGGUGGGAAUCAUACAUCUACUUUGAAUAAAAGUUUGGCUAUCAAACGAUCUAAGACUUGUAUUUAUUCACCAGUUAUUGAUGAUGAUUUAAUUAAAAAUGUUAAUGAACAUAACAAGUCGGUCAUUCAUCUCAAGUGUCAAGAUAUAAUGAAUAUGCAAUUCGAUACGGAUGAUGAUAAUUCCAAUCAGACAUUGAGUCAUAUCUAUGAGAUUCAAUCGAUAGAUGGAGAUAGAAAUUAUAUUGAUAUCGAUGAGGCCGAUAGUGGAAUCAGUAAUGAUCAAACCACCAUUACAUCUGAUCUUGGCAGUUUGAAUUUGAAUGGUACUACUGCCACUACCACCACCACCACUACCACCAUCAAUAACUCAUCUGAUCUCAUAUUUAAACAUUUACCCUUAUCUCCCAAUGUGGCCUUUUCCGAUGAAUUCCGUCCGGAAUUUAAUAUUCAAGCAUGUCCAAUUAAUCCUAAAUUGGAAGGUCAAGUUAUGAAUACCAUGAAGAGUGAUUUACUAUUUUAUCAGAAUAAUUUUAAGUAUUCUAAGAUUCUUUCUCGAACGGUUUUCAUUAGUUUAAGAGCUAGAGAAAUUAAAUUAAUUGAAAUGUCUAUUGAUAAUUCAAGUCCACAAAGUCCUAAUUAUGUAACUCCUGUAACGACACCAGGAGUGGCAUUUUCUUCAUCAUUUUCUUCCCCAUUAGGAUCUUAUUUCCCAGAUUCUGUAUCUUUACCAGGUCGAAGAAAUUCCGAGAAACCAACUAAUAAUACUUAUAAAACCAAAAUUAAAAAGAUCUUUACUCCGACUCGGAAUUCAGGAGAUAUUGAUUUAAUUAAUAAAGUUGAUAAUACUUUUGAAGAUAUUAAUCAGUUGUUUAAUAUGCAGCAACUCUAUCGAGCCAAGAAACAGCAAGAAGAUUAUGAUGAUAAAGUGCAAGGAGUGCCUGAUUUCAAUAAGAAAUUAUCCAAAUUAGUAUUAAGUUUAGUAUAG